CCCGAGCUUAUUGUCAAAUAAAAAGCUCUUUUCUUUCAUCUCACAGUCUCCUCCUAUUCCUUCACUCCUUCUGAGGAACCACUCCCUUUCUCAAUCCAUAAAUCUACUCAAGUGCCUUACAAAACAUGCCACCAUCACACGAUAAAGACUACAUCGAACUGGUCGACGAAGGCUUUUCCUCUGAACGCUCCUCCCAAGAUGACGACCUCCAUGACAAAGAAAUGAACACAGAAUACAAGCCGCGAGACUCGACAAGCUCAGAAUCUUCUGUACAUUUAGCUUUACUCGAUUCAUCGCCUCACUCCAAAAGCCAUGACGAACUUCGUGCCAGUGAUAAUAAUCCUAAGCACUUGGCGUGGCAGGUGAGAGACCCCAACUGACUGUUUUGGAAAAUGUUGACAAUGCAUGAUAAGUAAUCCUGUUUUUUUUUUUUUAACUAAGGCUCUGCCGUCCGUUCUGGUUUCUAUUGCUGGCCUUAUAGCGGCUGGUGAGCUCCUGGACAUUUACCUUCACUGGGACGUCUUCAUUCACAUCCCCGAACUUUUCAUUUUGGUACCCGUGUUACUUAACCUUAAAGGCAAUCUUGAAAUGAAUCUAGCUGCACGUCUCUCAACUUCAGCCAAUCUUGGCGAUUUAGACAAUCCUGCGAGCCGUCGUCGUUUGGUGAUCGGCAAUCUCGCUCUCCUCCAAGUACAAUCAUUAAUAGCAGGUUGCAUUGCCGGACUAUUCUCUUUCAUUCUUGGAAUAUUAAUUCGACCAAGUAAUGAUGCCAGCACCUACUACGAAAGCAUGCUCGUAAUUUCUAGCUCUAUGUUGGCUGCCUCGUUGUCCAGUUUAAUCCUAGGCAUAUUCAUGUGCAUCCUAAUCAUUCUCAGCCGUCGGUUUAAUGUAGAUCCAGACAACAUUGCUUGCCCUAUGGCAUCCUCUUUAGGAGACAUCGUCACCCUCGUCAUAUUGGCUACCUUUGCUCGUUUGCUUAAGGAAAAUAUGGAAUCCAUUUUAAGUACCGUCCUGGUCAUUGUCAUGGUAGUAUUGUUGCCUGGCGCGGCGGCUUUAGUAUGGACCAAUCGAUCGGUCAAACAACUCUUAUUCACUGGGUGGACUCCAAUCAUGUGCGCCAUGGUGAUUUCUAGCUUGUCAGGCGUGGUGUUUGAAAAUUUUGUGGAUUCAUACAAAGGCUUGGCCCUGUUGAUUCCUGUAUUGAAUGGCUUGACUGGCAAUAUCGGCUCUAUUUACGCCUCACGCAUCAGCACUGCCCUACAUGGCAACAGACAAGAAAGCUACAAGAAAGUCGAACAGACCUUAUUACUCAUGAACAUUCCUGUAGCCAUUAUUUUGAUAUUCGUCAUAUGGGGUUUUGAUCUUGGCGAGUUUCCUGUCAACGCCUGGUUCCUUUCGGCCUACUUUAUAGUUUCCAUGGCAUGCGCAUGGCUUGCCCUUAAGCUUGCAAAAUCCAUGACAUUGGCCAGCUGGAAGUGGGGCCGCGACCCAGAUAAUACCGUACUUCCUUUUCUCACCGCCACCAUUGAUGUCAUUAGCACUGCUAUGCUUGUUAUCACAUUCGUCUUGUUCACCAUGGCCGGCUUUGAAGGCUACAAAACUAGCACUCAAAGCUAAUGAGCAUGUCUCCAAUCCGCGGCUACAGCCAAAUACUACACUAACCCUCAUUUACCAAUAUACCCAAAGGGUGUAUCUGGACUGGAGACUAUUGUUCACAUAUCAUAAUACCUCGCUACUACCUUUCUUGAACCUCCCCAUAACAUUCGCAAUUCCCCAGUUCAUGUAUGCAGUACCCUUGAUACCCUAGCAUCCAAGUUAAUAAACUAGAUCUUUCUUUUUCUCGGAGAAAGCUCUAUGGAUGCUUGCUUUUAAAGACCACCCA